UACAACUGGAUUGGAAACAAAAAAGGUACUAAUUUAUGUAGGAUUCCACACUAAACCCUUUUCAUUAAGUACUUUCUAGUACAGUGUUUUGCAACCCUGUAGCAAAGAAAAGCAAAUGCAGAAAGUAAAUUGUAAAACACAGUCAGUGAAAUUGGUUGCAAAAAGACAAGUUAGUCAGAUUAGCAAAUAUAAAAGGUGUUUAUGUAGACUAACUAGUCGCUGCCAAUAUGCCUGGGGCUAUGUUCCUAUAAAUUGAGGCCUAAGAAUCGAUUUUGUGCAUAAGCAAAGGAGAGCAGAGGUUUAUCUGGGACAGAAAAGUGCUAUUAGCGCUACGGAAGCAAACUUUGUGUGCAGUUUGUAACACCACCGUGGCUGAGGUAUGGAGAAGAGCGAUCAUAUUUCAGUAACAUUGUCAGGUGCUGGUGUUGGUGGCACUGAAGAAGACAGUCUAACUGCCAAGCAGCCCAAACGGCGUAGCUUGCGACGGGCAUGGAAUCAACUGCCUCGAUGCCAGCAAAAUAUUAUCGGCCUAUGCAUAGUAUCGGCAAUAUUUAUGUUAAUUAUUCACAUACCCUACGGAAUUUUUGAUGCUCGUCGGGUGAAGGUACUUCGCGUCGAUUCAUCGAUUAGUGCAGGUUGGAUUCCUAUUAAGUCACCAUCUGACACUCCAUCAAAAGACGGGAUACUCAUGGCUCAUGCCGACAAUCUUAACGAUAUAGUUGACAAUGCGUUACUGGAAACCAACCAGAAGCCCGUGUUAUUACCAAAAAAAAACCCGUCAGAAUUCCAAGAGAUAAAGUCACUCGAUUCCAACAAUCUGGAUCAGAAGAAUGACGAUGGUGUCGAAAGUGCAGCAGUAUUACCAGAAAGUCAGAAGUCAAACGCUUUACAGGGUCCUUUAGUUGAUGCUCCUAAUAAAAUAAGUAUACAAGAAAUCAACAUCAACGAUAAUCACAUUGAAAGUCCCUCCGUUGAUGCUAAGGCGAGCACUGAAGAUGUUGAGCGUGUCGCUUUGGAAGCAGCUGUGUUAAAUCCGCGAGUUGUGCCUGGCACAAAUAAUAUUGCAAUUAAUGAUUUUGUCAACAGUCUAGACACCUAUACCUUGCCGCAAAAGCAACAUUUCCACGGCGCUACAAAUGAGCGUCAAACUUCUGUUAUUGCGGCUUUCAAGCACUCAUGGAGCGGUUAUAAAAAGUAUGCUUGGGGACAUGACAACUUGAAGCCAUUAUCACAGGGUUCGCACGAUUGGUUUGGCUUGGGUUUGACCAUCGUAGACUCGCUGGACACAAUGUAUAUAAUGGGUUUAGAGGAUGAAUUUAAUGAGGGUCGUGAGUGGGUCAACAAUUUCCUCACUUUUGAUAUCAAUCGGGAUGUGAAUCUGUUCGAAGUGACUAUACGUGUGUUAGGUGGCCUACUGUCUGCUUACCAUUUAAGUGGUGAUAAAAUGUUUUUGACGAAGUCGAUUGAGCUAGGCAAUCGCAUGUUGCCGUGCUUUCUCUCGGCCUCUGGCAUACCAUUUUCUGAUGUAAAUCUGGCAUCAAUGAGUGCACACUCGCCUAAAUGGUCCCCAGAUAGUUCGACCAGCGAAGUAACUACCAUUCAGUUGGAAUUUCGUGAUCUCAGCCGAUCUGCUAAUAUAUCAAUUUAUGAAAUAGUGUCUCAUGCAGUUAAUAAGAAGGUCCAUGCGUUAGAGAAAAUCAAUGGUCUGGUACCGAUAUUUAUAAAUGCAAAUACAGGCACGUUUAGAAAUUAUGCCACAAUAUCCUUGGGUGCGCGCGGUGACUCCUAUUAUGAGUACCUAUUAAAACAAUGGCUACAAACUGGACGAAAAAGAGAUGAUUUUCUUAUUUCGGACUAUAUACGGGCUAUUGACGGAGUAUUAACGAAGCUGUUGCGUCGUACGCCCAAAGAACAGCAUGUCUAUAUUGGUGAAUUAAUCAAUGGGAAAGACUUCAAACCGAAGAUGGACCAUCUUACUUGCUAUCUACCUGGCACAUUGCUUUUGGGACACAAAUUUGGAAUGCCUACUUCACAUUUGUUGCUCGCGCGCGAUCUCCUCGAGACCUGCUAUCAAACAUAUAUGCGGCAACCUACACAGCUGGCGCCUGAAAUAUCAUAUUUUGCACUGACUGCGAAUGAAGAGCAAGACAUUUACGUGAAGCCCAAUGAUGCUCACAAUCUUUUGCGUCCCGAAUUUAUAGAGAGUCUAUAUUAUUUCUAUGCAUUGACGGGCAAUCGUACCUAUCAGGAUAUGGGUUGGAAUAUUUUCCAAGCUUUUGAGAAAUACACUAAAGUAGCUUAUGGUUAUACGUCGAUUGGCAAUGUUAAGCAUGUUUUUAACACAAGACUGCGUGAUAUGAUGGAGAGUUUUUGGUUGAGUGAAACACUUAAAUAUUUCUACCUUUUGUUCAGCGACAAUCGCAAAGAAAUUGAUUUGGAUAAGUGGGUGUUCAAUUCGGAAGCGCAUCUGCUACCUUUGAGAAACCACUAAGAUCAUAAUUGCUUGCAUGUGUGUACGCGUGCGUGUGUGCAACAAAUGUAUGUAACCGUGACCAUGGCACCGUUAAUCACUCUCAAUGUAAAUAUUAUUUACACUUAUUUAUACAUGCAUACAAACAUAGUGCGUAUUAUCACGAAACUUGAAUGAAGUGUAUGUAAUCGUGAUUUUACUUUUGCGUUUGCGCUCAGGUCGUACAGUGGUCGUAAUAAUUAUAGCACCACCACAUUUUGGCAAGUUUUAAAAUUUUUUCUUUGUUAUUUAAUUUUGAUUAUUAUUA